CCAAAUUUCGGUCGGUUGAGCUGCCACGCUUAACAUAAAGUGACAAGUUUGUUACCAGAUAUUCACCUGGUGAACAACUCCCAGUACCUGAGAGGCGACAGACCAAGCUUCUGUCAGUUCAGUGAAAACACUCAACAUCAACAUAACAUCAUCUUUGCGAUAGUCAAGAGCAGCACCUGCAGCAAGGAUGAAGUUGGUCCUCCUGUUAGUGGUCUUCAACGUGACCACACACAACUUCGGCUUUACCCAGGCCACCCUUGACCCCAGCUACAUCACCCCCAUCUCUGACCCUAGCCACACUACCUCCACCUCUGACCCUAGCCACACUACCUCCACCUCUGACCCCAGCGAUAGUAAACUCACAGUCCCCCUGGAUCUGGCGUCGUUCGACACAGAAAGACAUACAUUAGGAUCAAGAGACUCGUCUGGUAUACGUAAGACGAAAUCCUCUCCUGGCCUAAAUGGAUCCAAGUCCCCACCGGACCAGGAAGGAUCCAAAUCCCCAGCGUCGCCGUCAUCGUCUGGGGUACAGGAAGCAGGUCUUAAUGUGAGCUCUGCUACUGACACAACCACAACCAUGGCCAGCAACAUUCGCAACAAGAUCAGCGUCUGUCUCAGUUAUAUAAACGGUUUUAAAAACAAAUUUGUAAUGGGAACAUAUGGUAAGAGGUGGACUGUUGCUGACAAGGAGAAUCCACCCAAGACGUGCAACAAGGAGGACGGGGCGGAGUGUACCACAUCUGACGUGUACAUCCUGGAACCCUACCUUCCAGUUGUCCCUAAAUUUACCUCCUACAACGCUGGUGACUUUAACUCCGAAUUGGUGAAGUCCUUCUCGCUCCUCCAACACUACGUCAUAGCUCUCCAGCACCUCUUCCUCGACCAAGUCUUCUACAGAGGGUCCUACAUGACGCAAGUGGAUAGUACAGCACGUUACUUAGAGGGAAUCUUGGAUUAUCUCAAGGACUGUGUCUUAACUCAGGGACUCGUGCCAGAUAACCUCGUCACUCGCAGUCUGCAAGUUAUUUACAAACGGGAGUCCGAUCAAGGAAAAAGGAAUGUGAGAGACUUUGUGUUUCUUCGUGACACCCGAGUCGCCCUCCAGCACGUCUAUGAUGUAAUCUAAAUGUUAUCAUCGUAAUGUAUCAGGAUUUAUCUAUGACAUGCCAAGAGCUCGUUUCAUGUCGUGAAUAAACUCCAAGAUUCAUUCUCAGUGGUUACACGAGGACAUGUAAACCUUCAGUCAAAAACUAUCACCAACGCUGACAUUAUGAUGCAUACAGACUGAUACGUCCUGUACAUUCCGAAGGUGUAUUGGCCCAUACAAAUUUGUAAAUUGUUGUCAAUGUAUAAUUCAAAGGAUUCAACGACUGGAACAUGGUAUGUACAUGUGCUUCACCAUCAUCGGGAGGCACGAUGAUGAUAAGAUUAAACUACAGUAUAAUGCAUUAGGCUUAAAGCAAACAAUUUAAUUUGCAUAUACAGGGAAACUUAUGCCAAACUUCAGGUGUUUAAUUGGUUUAUUAUAAACAAGGAAUAUUCCACGAAGAAAAGACCAAAAUCUAAAUUAUUACGAAGUUAUCGUAUCUCUAUUUAACACACUUACUCUCUCAAUCUUUGCUAAUGAACUCGUCAAAUAAACACCUGAAGUUUGGCAGAAGUUUCCCUGCAUGUAUUAUAGUUUUUGUAAUGUUUAUUUGUCUAUCUAUCUAUUACACUCACAUCAACAUUAAGAUUUGGUGAUAAACAUAUAAACUGUUGAAUGAGUUGAAAAA